UUUCUCAUCAGUUCUUUGUUCAUUCAGCUCCCCCUAAUUUCAGUUACUUUUGUUUCAGCUACUUUGUUAAGCUACUCCUCACGAUGGCAGGUAUGCGUUUGUGUUCCAGAAUUGAUAUGAAGAACUCCUUAUUUGGUUUAUAAAAAAAAACCAUCUUUUUACAAUGGCGGUCAAUGUUCACAGAACAUGAUUAUAUCUAUACAAGUGUUUUUCUAAUGAGGGACUACACAACUUUGAUGAUUAUUAUGAACUGCGCGGGAGAUAUCAUAUACAGUUCGCAUACCAAGGACAAAACCAGUUUGACAUAUUUAUCUUCAAAUUAUUACAGAGGAUUGUGUGUAUAAGCAGAUUGUUGCAAGGUACACAACAAACAUGGGAGUGGGAAAUGACUCACGAGUGUUGUGAAGAGUUGCAGCCAAGUAAACUACUUUGGAUUUUUAGCAACUUUUACUAUUUUUUCUUUUCCGAUUGUAAAUGGCUACAUGUUAAUAGAUUAUACAAUUUCAAUUAUAUUGUUACGAAUGUGAUUGUUAGAGUUAGUUAGACAGCUGGUAGUUAAGCUGUUAGAGUUUGUUAGGAAGUUAGGAAAGUUGUUAGAGAAGUUAGUGAAGCAGUUGAAGUAUAAAGAGCUGCUAAUUGAUGAAUUGUAACCAUGUUGUUGAUGAAUGAACUUCUCUCUUUCCUCUGAAUCUUCUUUCUCUCUCUAUCUCUCUCUCUCUCUGGUUUCUUCCCUAACAUUGGUAUCUAGAGCCUUCGAUUCUCGGAACCGCCAUGGCUGAAGCAACACGAUUCCAGAGUUCGAUUCGUGAAGCUGAGGAACGAAUCAUGGCUGCCAUGGAUCCCUGCAUCGCGCGUCACAUGCGUGAGCUGGAACUCCGAUUCGAGACGCAAUUCAAUGGAUUCCAAGAAGCCAUGCGUGGAAUUGGGCUUCAGGUUACGGAUCUGGCUUCGUCGCGGCGAAGCAAAACGGCAAGCGACGGUGAUUAUCGAAUGCCAACCCGUCUCAUGAGGUUAGAUUUUCUGAAAUUCAGCAAGGAAGACGUUGAUUCUUGGAUCGCGAAGUGUGAGCGAUUCUUCGCGUUGGGUGGAACUCCGGAAUCAGAGCGUGUCGCCAUCGCCAGCAUCGCUUUAGAUGAAAGCUCGUUCAGAUGGUUUCAAGGAUUGGAUCAAGGCACUGUGUGCAGAGUGACUUGGCCUGAGUUCGCGGCGGCGUUGCGAACACGAUUCGGCGUCGAAUUCGAGUCCCCGAUGGAGGAACUCAAGCGAUUGACGCAGCAAGGAAACUUGGAGGAAUAUCAUGAAGCGUUUGAUAAUCUGGCAUAUAGAACAGAGCUAUCUGAACAGUUGAAGCUUCAAUGCUCUUUAGGAGGCCUCAAUUCUGAGUUGUGUAAGACCCAAGUUUUUAAGCUUAUGCUUAGUGAAUAAAAUCUUAUUCACGAUUAGGGUUGAUGUAUUGUGAAAGGAAACCUGAACAAGAGUUUGUCAAAUGGAAUAGAUUUAUGAAGGAGAAAGUUCAGGAAAAGUCAAAGGAUUUUAUCGAAGUCGAUUUAAGUUAUAGCACGAUCGUUAUACGCUUAACCUAGGUCCGAAACCCUAGUAUAUAGCUAAUUUUCACUUUUAGGCACGACGGAAGUUAAUUCC